AUGAGAGGGAGGAGCGCUCCUACCGGUCACCUCCGACCAGGAGCGGAGCUGAUGGCCUUCCUGCAGCUGACCACCUGCUGCUGCCUCCGCUCCUGCUCCAAUAACUUAAUGAGCUCUUCAUUCCAAUCUCGCUUCCUCUCCUGGAUAGCUCGCUCCCGAAGUGUGCUCCCGGGAGACGCUACAGCAGGCACCGCGGCCUCUCCCGGCUCUCCCACGCCCCCCAUGGAGAGGCCCCUGAAGGCGGGCUGGCUCAAGAAGCAACAGCGAUCUCUGGUGAAGAAUUGGCAGCAGAGGUAUUUUGUGCUCAGGGGAAGCACGCUGACCUACCACAAGGACGACAAGGAGACGGCCAUACAGGGAGUGGUGCAGCUGCGCUUCAGUAAAGUCCAGGAGCUGCCUCCAAACACAGAUGACUUCUCCAGGUUCCUGUUCCAGAUCAUCCCACGCUCCAAAGGCGACAGGGAGAGAUGUUCCCUUGUGCUGAUGGCAAACUCCCAGAGCGACAUGGACGAGUGGCUCCGCAUGCUGCGCAGGGCCAUCGGAGCACCCUCAAGUGGAGUAUUUGGCCGCAGCCUGGGGGAUCUGCUGGCCUCAGACCAGCAGUCAGGCCCCCACCUGGUGCCGGUGCUGGUGAAGAAGUGUGCAGAGUUCAUCCAGGAGCGGGGCCUGAGAGAGGAGGGCAUCUUCAGGCUCCCGGGACAGGACAACGCUGUCAGGAUGUUCCGGGAUGCUUUCGACGCCGGAGAGAGACCCUCCUUCCCCAGUGACACUGAUGUCCACACGGUGGCGUCUCUGCUUAAACUGUACCUGCGGGAGCUUCCAGAGCCGGUGAUUCCCUGGAGCCAGUACCAGAACUUCCUGGACUGCACUCAGACCCUGGACUGCCCUGGUCAGCCGGGUUGGGAGAAGUUGGACAGACAGAUCUCCCUUCUCCCUCGUGUUAACUACUCGCUCCUCAGUUACAUCUGCAGAUUCCUGUUUGAGGUCCAGCUUCACUCAAAAGUGAACAAGAUGAAUGUGGAAAACCUGGCUACAGUGAUGGGCAUCAACCUCCUGAAGCCACAGAUAGAAGACCCCAUCACAGUCAUGAGAGCGACUCCUCAGAUCCAGAAGUUAAUGACGAUGUUGAUUGGACACCAUGAGGUCCUGUUCCCCUCCUCCAAAGACCAGCUUCCCUCUCCUCCUCCCGACAAGAGUGAAAGCCACAAGAACUCUCCCCGGAGCUUUGUGGGCUGGGAGUCCACAGAGCACUGCAACACCUCUCUAUCCGAGUCCCCCGAGGAGGAGGAGGACCAGGACAGCCCCGGGCCUCUCAGACUCAACACUCCUGCUCCAGUUUCCCCCCUGGACCACGAGGCCAUGGAAGUCCCCCGCAAGCGCACCCAGACCUUACCCGUCUUCAGCUGCCCUCUGACGGGGAUGGCAGCCAAAGCCGGGGCCCUGAACCGCUGGAGCCGCAUCCAAGAGAGCUUGGAGGACAGGAACGUCACUUUCUCUGAAGACAUUUUUAAAAUCUUAGACCUCAAAACAUCAGGCUUGUUAUUUCAGACGAAUACUAUACGUGAUAUUGAGGAGGAGGUGAAGAGAAGACCUGGGACAUGUGGGGAGCAAGAUGGGAUAACUCUUAUAGAAGCUGGGAAAGAACCAAACAACUGUGUUCAGCCGCCUGUUCAAAGCCCGACACAUUCCAAAAGUAAUGGAAGACACGCUGACACAAUCCAAGGAGCCAACAAUGGUGAGGAUAAGAGAAGUCCGGCGGAGCUCAUAGACUGUCUGCAGAAGGAGAACGCUGAGCUCAGGGUGACUGUGGCAGAGCUGCGGUCAGAGCUGGAGACAGAGCGCCGCUGUGUGGUCGCUCUGAAAAAGUGUCUCAAACAAGCAUCCUAA